UCACUGUGGAAAUAAGACAGAGUCAAAGAGGAGCUCCAACUCAACUGGUCAGCCAAAGCUAUUGUCUGUCUGAUAUUUCAAGGACAGACCUUCUACAGGGAUAGACUAUUCUUUUAUACUGAAAGCGAUCAAAAGAUUUGGAUAAAUCUAGAAAAUGUCAAAAGUAAAUUUGAGCAUAGUGGCUUUGGGGGUCACACUGCUCCUUUUGGCUGAGACAUGGGCCCAGAAUCCCAGGAAGAGACUGGCACUUCCAAAGCCUCCCAAGGCUCAGUGCUGUGAUGAGGUGCGCUCUCUCAAGGUUCAGGUGGCCAAUCUGACUAGUCUCCUCGAAGAGAUGAGUCGCAAGCAGGAGACAGACUUGAUGAGCAUUGUGAGGCAAAUAAGGGAGCUGGACAAGCAAAAUCGGCAGCAAGAAACACGGGUCACGGAGGCAGAAGGCAAGUACUCAGAGAUCAACAACCGUGUGGAGAUCAUGCAGCUACAAACCCUGCAGUCUGCUACUCAGACUUCAUCAGAUGCCACAUAUGACUGUGCAUCCCUGUACAGCAAGAACUACAAGAUUUCUGGCGAGUACAAACUGCCUAAAGAUGAGUUUCUGGGUACACCUGAGCUCAACGUCUUCUGUGACAUGGAGACAAAUGGAGGUGGUUGGACUUUGAUCCAAAGGCGCAAAAUCGGCCUGACAUCAUUCAACCGUGACUGGAAGCAGUACAAAAGUGGAUUUGGAUCCAUCCGCGGAGACUUCUGGCUCGGCAAUGACAACAUCUUCCGUCUAACAAGGCAGCCCAGUAUGCUUAGGAUUGAGAUGGAGGACUGGAAUGGAGAGACACGCUAUGCCCAGUAUGGCUUUUUCACCGUGGGUAAUGAGCUAAACAGCUACAAGCUCUUCCUUGCCAACUACAGCGGGAACGCUGGGGACUCCUUGCGCUACCACAACAACACCAACUUCAGCACCGUCAACAAGGACAAUGACAAAUGUGUGGAUGACUGUGCUUCCCUGCGCAAAGGUGGCUACUGGUACAACUGCUGCACUGACUCAAACUUGAAUGGCGUUUUUUACCGCUACGGUCAGCACAUAACAAAGAACGCAGAUGGGAUCACUUGGUAUGGCUGGCACGGGUCCAACUACUCCCUCAAGAAAGUGGAGAUGAAGGUCCGGCCAGUGGAUUUUCAACCAUAAGUGCUUCAGCUGUGUGUCCUGGACCAAGAUCAUAUGCAUGACGGCUGAGAGAUCUCACUAAUACCCGUUCAACCAAAUUGUGCUUUCCCAGGACUGCGAAA